UUCUUAGCUCAAAUAUGAUUGGUUUUCAAAUCAAAGCAAAACAGACACGAAGCGGAGCGAGAAGCAAGCGACAACUAAACUUUGAUGAAGUGGAAGUGUGUCGGGUCGAAAGGACUUUUACCUUCAUAGCGAACUUUUUGUUUGGGAAAGUCUCGCUAUAAGGCACCAUGGCUGAAGCCAGGGCAGCAGUAACGCGGCCCGAUGUUCGCCUACACGCCGAGGGAACAAGUACAACAGAAGGCGAAGUUGAAUUGCUAAAAAGUACAUUCAAAUCCCUCAGGAGAUGCGCUUUCAGAACUCGCCGACAGAUAACUAAUGGCUUAUGGCCGACAACAUGGUCAAACCUGUUAGGUGCUGUGGUCAUUAUCGCUGCCCUUUUGUAUGCAGCUGAUUUCUACGAGCUCUCGUCACUUCAGCGAGUCACAGGAGUCUUGUGGAAAGUGACAUACCUUCUCAAUCUUGAUGAAGCAUAUCCUUAUAACUUCCGGCUUAUAGUUGUGUCAGUUCUGGUGGGAGUGGUAUUCUUUGUCACACUUCUCUAUCUGCGACAGUAUAUUUUAAGGAUGCUUUUAUCCUACAGGCAAUGGAUGUAUGAACCUCCAAGAUCACAGAGCAAACUGACAUUGUUGUGGGGUGCAAUGGUAAAGCUUUGUGCUGGUCAUUACCCUAAACUCUAUAGUUAUCAGAACAGUCUUCCAAGAAUGCCUGUGCCAAAUCUGAGUGACACUUGUAAAGGACUUUUACGUUCUAUAAAACCAAUCUUUGAUGAAGAAGAGUACAAAAAGAUGGAAACACUUGCCAAGGAUUUUGAAAAGAAUCUGGGUCCUAAACUGCAGUUCAUCCUGAAACUGAAAUCAUGGUGGGCACCGAAUUAUCACACGGAUUGGUGGGAAAAAUAUGUGUAUUGCAUGGGCCGAUCACCACUACCAAUCAACAGCAACUACUACUGUCUAGACCAGAACUGGCACCCAACAUAUGAUCAAGCAUCAAGAGCUGCAACAAUGACCUAUCUCAUUCUGAAGUACUAUCAAGAGAUUGAAACAGAGGACCUGGAACCUCUUCUGAUCAGGAAAACCAUUCCUAUCUGUAUGUCACAGUAUGAAAGGACGUUUAAGACAACAAGAAUUCCAAAGGAGGAUGUAGAUGAAAUUGUUCAUUUUGAACACCAAGAGCAUGAGCACAUAGUUGUGGUGUGCGGAGGUAAUUUCUACAUGUUACCUGUCACAAACAGCAGAGGAAAAUUCAUAUCAGUGCUGGAUCUGGAGAGCCAGUUUGAGUGGAUUACUGCAGAUGCAAAACAUUCUGAUGUUACUAAAGACCAACCUGAUGGCAGUGUACCAGCUCUUACAACAUUACCUAGAACAGAAUGGGCCAGAAUCAGAAAGGAGUACUUCUCAGAGAGCCUUAAUCAGCAGACUUUGGAAGCCAUAGAGGAGGCCAUGUUUCUGGUUAUUCUGGAAGAAAAGUCGUUCACCGAGUUAACUGACCGUGCCAAGUAUCUCCUUCAUGGCGAUGGCCGUAGUUUCUGGUUUGACAAAAGCUUCUGCUUAAUAGUGUUUUCAGAUGGUAAAUGUGGAAUCAAUGCUGAGCAUUCUUGGGCUGAUGCACCGGUUGUUGGGCACAUGUUGGAGUAUGCUCUUACUUACGAGUACAUUUAUAGAACAUACAAUGACAAGGGUAAAUGUACCCCCAUUGGUGGGGCUCACAGAAGUUCAAGUCUAAGGACCCAUAACCUUCAGAAGCCCUCCAGGCUAUACUGGGAUAUAACUCCCAAACUAGCAGAGAUUAUUGAAAAUGCCGUCAGGUUUGCUCAAAAGAACAAUGAUGAUGUUCAACACAAAGUGAUAGUUCAUGAUGCAUUUGGAAAAGGAUUCAUCAAAACUAUGAGGGUAAGCCCGGAUGCAUUUAUACAGCUGGCCUUGCAAGUUGCUUACUACAGAGAUUCUGGUGGAAGACACCCUCUUACUUAUGAGUCCUCCAUGACACGCCUGUAUCUCCAAGGAAGGACAGAAACUGUUCGCAGUUUGACAAUAGAGGCUAAGGAUUUUGUGAGAGCAUUUGUAGAUGAAACAGUUUCUCCAGAAGAGAAAUAUAAACUGCUUGUCAAAGCUGCAGAGCUUCAUGCCAAAAUGUACAAGGACUGUAUGAAUGGGAAAGGCAUUGACAGACAUCUUUUUGCACUCUAUGUAGUGUGUAGGGGGCAGGGAUAUGAAAGUGAAUUUCUGAAGAGUGCCUUGAGCCUUCCAUGGACACUUUCAACUAGCCAGCAACCUCAACAACAAAUGUCUGGUCAGCACUUUAGUGUUACAGAACCAGAACUUACGCAUUUGAUUUCUCCUGGAGGAGGAUUUGGCCCUGUGGCUGACGAUGGUUAUGGUGUUUCCUACAUGGUUCCUGAUGAUCACAGGAUUUUCUUUCACAUUUCUUCAAAGAUUUCUUCGAAGCAGUCAAACUCUGAUAGAUUUGUCAAGUUGCUCUUUGAAAGCAUGGCAGAGAUUAAAGAACUUUUUGAAGCUGCCAAAGCAGUAAAGAGCAAGGAGUCAAGCCCACAUUCUUAGUACAACAUGAACUGUACUUUUAGCAGAUUAUAAAGUAGCAGAACCAUCUGUGUAUAGUAUUUAAACAGUAGUGUACUUUGUCAUGGGUCAUGUGUGGUGCCUGAUCUAAGAUUUGUUGGAUGUCUGAAGUCAUACCUCCUUGUAAAAAAUUACAGGUUCUAAGACACUGUUCACCAGGGGACGCUAUCUUCCCAUACCACGACCUCAAAAAUCUGUAGUUGCACCUAAAUACGAAGAAAUCCUGUUGUCUUGGAGCUAAACAAAUAGUUUUGUGAUUAUAACACCUGCCCUGCAGGGAGUCUGUUUCUCCCAUGAGGAAUGAUUCGCUGUGAAUGUAGGGUAGCAGAAACAGAAUGCUUGCAGGACAGCUAACACUUUUUGUAAAUCCCCAGUAGUUACAGCAACAGGAGCGUGGCUGUACCUAUUAUGGAUCAAUAUCACCCUUAGUGCAAUGUAGGUGUUAUCCUUUGUUUCACCUACUUUACAACUAUAUUAUAACAAAUUAUACAGGGGAAAUACCAAAUUGUACCAAGGGUGUUAAGCCAAAACAUACCCACUUACUUGGUACCAGUAAUUUAUAUGUACAGUGGAACCCUGUUAAUUCAGUCACCAACGGGCCUGACAAAAAUCUGGACAUAUUAAUGGGGUGGCCUUAUUUACUGAGCUUUAGUUUGCGGCAGAAUAAAGUGGCCAUUAUGACGAGGUGGCCGUAUUAAUGGGGUGACCAUAAGGUGGGGUGCCUCUGUACUUGUUUGAUCUUUCUCUUCCUUGGAACCAGAGUUCUUUCAAAUCACAAAACAAAGAAAGAGUCUAAAUGGAAAUCAGACAUUGACAACAAUUCACAAAUAUUUUGACAUGUGCCCUGAAACUCCAUUUUUAUCUUAAUUUUGUUCACUGGAGUAACAGGAACAUUUUGUGACUUAUCUUAACCUUGAUGACUAACAACUAACAGCUAUGCUGGUAGUUGAUUUACUGUUCUCAUGUGUUGAAUCUGUUUUUCCCUCUGAAAAAAUUGCUCGAUAGUUAGAAUGUAAAGUUGUGUUUUCAACACAUCAAGUACAUGUAAGGUGCGCAAAGUUAUGAAAAGUACUGUGAAAGUGCUUUCACAUAUUAAUUUUUUUUUAUGAAACAACACUUGCUAGUAUCAUGAUGUCACAUGCCAUUGUGUGACAUCAAGCCAAAAUUUUCAAAUUUGAAUAUGCAAGUUGAAGAUUUCCAUAAUUGAGAAGUGUUGCCAGUCAAAAGGCCACUUGCACUUAGAUGUCAUGUAUUCUAAAUCCUGCCUCGUCUUGGUGUCUUUCCUUGGUUUGAGCAUAGUGUGCAUAGUGUUGCCCAAAAACUGAGACCUAACCAUCAAGCAUCAUGCUCCCUUUCACCUACGAAGUGCAAAUGCACCAAGAGAUGAGGCAGUUGAUACAGAAUUUAUUAUAUCACUGAGAAAAUUACUUCAUUGUGAUUGGUUGAGAGCAGGCCAAUUUCCUGUUAAUCUUUAAUUUGCACAUCAAAUUGCUGUGUGCAUGUUCAUAAAUUUCUUAGUCAUAUAAUGAAUGUGUAAUCGUAUGAGAGUUUGAGUAAUGAGGGAUUUACACUACUCGUGAUAUUUGAAAAUUCUUUCAAGUUACACACACCUAAAGGCUUGUGCAGUUUUGAAAGAAUUUUCGAACACCAUGUGUAGUGUAAAUCCUUAAUUGCACUCACAUUCCUACCCUUACCUAUCCAAUUCUGGUUAGAGUAGGUUGGGCUGGAGUAGGCUGCAUUACCUCCAAGUGUAAGUACUAAGUAGCCUAUUGAAAGUGAACUUUUGUGGCUCACUGGAGAAAAAAAGUCAAUGUAAUCUGAAGUGAAAUUAUUUAAUAUUUAUUUUCAAAGACGUAACAAACUAAGCAUAUUAUUUUAUUCAGUUCAGUACUGGUUCUUGGUUAGAAUCAAGUUCAAGUUGAUGCAACUGUUUGUUACUGGCAAGAGUUUCAUAAUUGUCAGAAUAUUAUUGUCAGAGUCCUGUUCUUUAGUUGCAGUUCCAAUGUAGAAUUUCUACCUUAUUCCACGUUGAAAGACAAUUAUUUUGUGUAUGACACAAUAAAGCUUUGAAUAAACA